UAGGGACACGAUGCCACAAGGAAGUGAAUAUUUCCAGUUUGUCUGACCUUGCUAAGUUCCAAGACCCAUGGAAGAUUAUCAACAAUACAAUGGAUGUUUACCUCGGACGCGUCUCGGGUGUUCCCAUGGAAACAGCAAAACAUUUUCACUGCGUGCGCUCCUCAUACCAAGGAUAUGAACCCCAAAAUCAAACCGUAUAUCGUUCUGUCAAAUUCGAGUACAACAACGACAGCGAAACUUGGAACAGGUCUGUGAAUAUUUCACUACAAGUGAAAAAUCAGCCGAUGUCUCUACUUGAAGUGACUCUCCUUGCUAACUUAGGUAGGUUUCCGUACGAAGUAGAAGUGCUGAGAUAUGAUGUUCCAGUACAUUACGGAGACGGGAAGUGCCUCAUUCUAGGUCAUCCGUACAUUCCUGAUGCAGGUCCACAAAAUAGGCACCUAAGUUGCUCAAUGUGGCUUACAGAACGCUAUGCAAACAGACCGCCACUAUGCUGCCAAAUGCUCUACAUUAUGAUGUGCGGUAAGAGUUGGGUGGAAAUGUAUGAAGAGCAAUUGUGCAACAAAACGGGAGGAAAUAAAAUUUGACCGCCGACAAAGCGGUAAGAGAAACCAAAGGAAGAAAUUUACCUACUCACCGGGUAAUAAAUUAUGAUAUACAAGAAAUAAACUACUAAUA